AUGGAGUUGGUCAGCACUAGUCUGGAGCUGAAAUGCAGCACAGCUGAAGCUGCCAAGAUCCUUCUGUUGCAAUUCCACCACCACCCCCAUGAAAAUUUCAGUCAGCGUAUGAUCGUAAGAAACAAAUGCAGAGAUGGCGACUUCAACAUUCAUCCCUUGGUAAAAGAAGCUAUGGAGAGUAGAAAACCAAUUGUUGCCUUGGAAAGCACUAUAGUCACACAUGGCAUGCCAUAUCCACAGAAUCUGAGCAUGGCCAGAGAAGUGGAAGAAAUUGUCAGAGAAAAUGCGUGUGUGCCAGCAACUAUUGGCAUAUUAAAUGGCCGUAUCCAUGUGGGCCUCCAAGAUGAAGAACUUGAGAUCCUUGCAACAGCCAAGGACGUAAUGAAGGUCUCUCGUAGAGACUUCCCCUAUGUUCUCAGCCAGGGAUUGUCUGGGGGAACUACUGUGGCAGGAACCAUGGUUGUGGCACAUAAAGCAAGAAUUCCAGUAUUUGUAACUGGAGGAAUUGGAGGGGUCCACCGGGGAGGAGAAAAGACUUUGGAUGUGAGUGCUGAUCUGACUGAGUUAAGUCGUACUCCAGUUGCUGUAAUUUCUGCAGGUGUUAAGUCUAUACUUGAUAUUGGCAGGACACUGGAGUAUCUGGAAACUCAAGGAGUCUGUGUGGCCACCUUUGGAAAAUCAAGAGAGUUCCCAGCCUUCUUUUCUCACCAAAGUGGCUUCCAGGCACCAUGUCAGGUGCAGGAUGAGAAAGCUGCUGCUCAGCUGAUUGCCAGGUCACUAACUUUGCAGCUGGGCAGUGGAGUCCUGAUUGCAGUUCCCUGUCCUCCACAUGAAGCUGCUUCUGGGCAGCUUAUUGAAGAAGCAAUCCAGCAAGCUUUGGAGGAGGCUCAGGAAAAAAAGAUCACAGGAAAGGAGCUUACGCCCUUUUUGCUGCAGAGGGUAAAUGAGUUAUCUGGUGGAGAGUCACUGAAGUCCAAUAUUGCAUUGAUCAAGAAUAAUGCCAUAGUGGGCAGUCGCAUUGCUGUAGCCCUGAACAGACUCCAAAGAGGUCAGGGUGGGAGAGGCAACUUGUCUCAAAAUGAAAACACACCUGAUGUGCCAAGACCAGUAGUCAUUGGUGGCAUCAACAUUGACAUCAUAGCCAAGGCAAAAGCUGCAACAAUAAAAGAUGGGGGGCAGACAAAUCCAGCUACAGUGAGACAAUCCUUUGGUGGUGUGGGCAAAAAUCUAGCAGAUUGCUUAAGUCGUCUUGGGAAGAUGCCUGUUUUUAUCUCAGUCAUGGGGAAAGAUGAGCAUUCAGAAUCUGUUCUGCGACACUGCAGGCAUAUGGAUAUGAGAGGAGUCUUGCAACUGAAAGGACGCAACACAGCAACUUACUGUGCUGUAAUCACAGGCACUGGAGAACUUACCUUUGGUUUAGGAGACAUGGAAAUCCACCAGCAGAUAACAGAGCAAUAUGUGUCACAGUUCAAGGAGAAUCUGUGCUUGGCUCCAAUAAUAUGCAUAGAUGGGAAUGUGCCAGUUUCUACCAUUGAGUACAUCUGUCAGAUUGCCAGAGAACAACACUUAACAGUGUACUAUGAACCUACAGAUGUGAACAAAGCUUCAAAGCCUUUUCUUUCAGAGAGUUGGAAAGGUCUGACCUGCGUAUCACCCAAUCUUCGGGAACUCAGAGCCAUCAGUCAGACCCUGGGAAAUCCUGUGCCAACAGAUCUACCAUCAAAGGUGGAGGACAUUAUCAAGACUGCUAUUGCCCUGGCUUAUCCUUUAUUGAGAGGACUACACUAUGUGGUAGUAACUCUUGGUCAACAUGGAGUCCUGCUGUGUGGCCGAAGCAAGGGUGGAAGUGUCUCUCUGCACCCUCAAACAUGCUAUGAGAAUGCUACAGAAGAAUUACGUGCUGUUCACUACCCAGCGCUCCCUGUCCCCACUGAAGAGAUAGUGAAUGUCUCUGGAGCUGGUGAUAGGGUGCCUAUGGGGGAGUGGCUGGGAAAGGGCUGGCUGCUGAAGUCAACCCUGCUGGAGCUACAAAAUUUAAGAAUCUCCACCCCAGUCACAAAGACAAAGAAGCAGAAGGGAGGAAACAGUCUUCCCCUAGAUUGUGGAAGGCUGCAGAAGGAGAAACUCAACUACCGCAAGAGUCAAGGGCUUGAGGCCCACUUGGAAGGCCACGGGAACUUUAAUACAGAUACGUAUUCCUGCCCUGGGAUCCAGUUGAAAUCCUGCCGAAAACCCUCUGAUUGUGAAGGCUGCUUGGGCCUCUAUACUUGCAAACUUCCAAAGGGAAGUCGUGUUCAUGUGACUAGGCAGGAGAUGUCAUUGACAUCCACUUGUAAUCUUCAGUGUUGCUCCAGCGGUAUUCCCAUCUUUUGA